CCAGUAGCAGAGACUUGACUUUGAUAAGAGACAGAAGCUGUGAGCGGAAGAGAGAGAGAGAUGAACAAGAAGAAGAUAUUCAAGCUAGCGAAAGGGUUCAGAGGGAGAGCAAAGAACUGCAUAAGGAUAGCAAGGGAAAGGGUGGAGAAGGCUUUGCAGUAUUCUUACAGAGAUCGACGCAACAAGAAAAGGGACAUGCGUUCCCUUUGGAUCGAAAGAAUCAAUGCUGGCACCCGUCUUCAUGGAGUAAACUAUGGUAAUUUCAUGCAUGGGUUGACGAAGGAGAAUAUCCAAUUAAACAGGAAAGUGCUAUCAGAGCUCUCGAUGCAUGAGCCAUAUAGCUUCAAGGCCCUCGUAGACACCUCUCGGAAUGCCUUCCCUGGAAACAAGAAGGCAGAAGUUCUUCCCAAAAAGGAAGGCCUUGCAAUACUUAUUUAACUGUCUAUUUUCAUCAAUCUCUAGAUCAAUGUGUUAGUGUUUUUGAAACUGGAUAGUUCAGAACUCCUUUUGUAGGUUUCUUCAACUUUGUUGAAAUGCUCUUUGUUUGUGGGUUUCUUUAUCACAAUAUGGUAAUCUUUAACACGUCUGGGAAACGUUGAGAGGCAAAGAACAAAAUGGGAGCAGUGGAAAGAGCUCUAGGUGAAAGGAGGGAGAUAAGUGGCAGUGCGCUUUCUCUUUUAUGUGCUUCAACUGCUGCUCUACCCUGUUUUGAAUGAACCAUGAUCUACCCACUUUAUUCCUGGUGUUAAUUUUGAUGUAGUUAAUAACUUAUCGUAACUAAAUGGGGUUGGCAACAUAGAUCCUUGCUUUUCAA